GAUAUAUUUCACCUCGUCCUUCACUCGCUCGCUCACUCGCCUAAUUUUACCUUUCUCUUAUAGUCAUCCCUCGCUUGUGCAAUGUCAUUUAAAAAAAAAAUCAACUGUCGCUCUAUGCACGGAAUUGUUGUCGAGGGCCUUGUUAACAACGGUCUUGCCUAGAUUAUUGGCCGGGAGAGGCGCAGCUUCCUCGGUUGGAAUAUCUCGAGAGGCUCGGUGGGAUGUGGAUAGGGUACUUAGUCCUGGUGCUUACUCUAGUAUUCAUUUAAUGCCAGUCUUAUAAAGUAACUAUGCUAUUCUACUAAUCUGCUCGAAGCGUGUUUGUGUGAAUAUCGGACCGUUUAAAUCGCAAGCGUCCCUUAGUGUGGUGUUUAUGAGGCGUUGAUCAUUCAAAUGAAACUCAAGAAUCCCAGUGGAGCAUUUAAUAAAAUAUCUAAUUUCUAAUUAUCGUAGGAAUCAAAUAUAUCGUCGUUCACAUAUUAAGAUGUUUUCAGACAAUUAUACAUGUGGUAAGAAACCGGAGCACCCACAGAAAACCUUGGCGCGCCAGGAGGCAACACUUUACAUGUGUUUUGAAAAUAUUUUAACCAGGGACGGAGGCGCCUGGAGUUGGGGAGGAGCGCGCUACUCCGGGGGAAGAGGCCUCCACGGCAUUUGUGUACAACCCUCACAUCUCCCUUUCCAUCCAGCAGCAGCGACAGCGUUUGCCCAUAUUCAUGCACAGGAAUCAUGUCCUUUACCUGGUGGAGAAAUACCGCACUGUUGUGAUUGUGGGUGAGACUGGAUGCGGUAAAAGCACACAAAUUCCCCAGUACCUGGCGGAAGCCGGCUGGACAACGGAGGGGCACGUCGUGGCCAUCACUCAACCACGGAGGGUCGCAGCAACCACGGUCGCAGCGCGAGUUGCGGAGGAGAGAGGCGCGCUGCUCGGUCACGAGGUCGGCUACUGCAUUCGCUUUGACGACUGCAGUGACCCUCAAGCCACUCGCAUAAAGUUCUUGACGGACGGAAUGCUGGUGAGGGAAAUGAUGGCUGAUCCACUGCUGAAGAAGUACAGCGUUAUUAUACUGGAUGAAGCCCAUGAACGGACUCUGUACACCGAUAUCGCUCUUGGCCUGCUAAGAAAGAUACAGAAAAAGAGAGAAGAGCUGAGGAUCAUUGUCGCAUCUGCUACUCUUGAUGCAGAGAAAUUCCAGAAGUUCUUCAACCACAAUGACACAUCGGACCCCACCAAGGACACAAGCGCCAUUCUAACCGUCGAGGGACGCACCUACCCCGUGGAGAUUUUAUACACGCACAGUCCUGUGCCAGACUAUGUGAAGACCACGGUAGAGACAAUUAUGAAAAUUCACAACGAUGCAGCGGACGGAGACAUCCUGGCCUUUCUGACCGGACAGGAGGAGGUGGAGAACGUCGUGUCGGCCGUGGUGGAGGAGGUGCGUGCGGCGGCGGCACGCAGCAAGGGCAGCCUGCACAGGCACGUGCGCGCCCUGCCCAUGUACGCGGGGCUGCCGUACGUUGACCAGAUGAAGGUGUUUGAGCGUGUCGGCCGCAACUGUCGCAAGGUGGUGGUGGCAACCAAUGUGGCGGAGACCUCGGUGACGGUGCCGGGCAUCGCGUUCGUGGUGGACUGUGGCUUUGUGAAGCUGCGCGCCUACGACCCUCGCCGUGCCGUCGACGCGCUGCUUGUGACGCCGGCGUCGCGGGCGUCGGCACAGCAGCGUGCCGGCCGGGCCGGGCGGAGCCGCCCGGGGAAGUGUUACCGUCUCUAUCCAGAGUCGGAGUUCGCGAAGCUGCCCGAGGCGACGGAGCCCGAGAUGCGGCGGAGCGACAUGGCGCCCGUCAUUCUGCAGCUCAAGGCACUCGGCAUCGACAACGUCCUGCGCUUCUCUUUCCUCUCGCCUCCUCCAGCUGAGUCCAUGGUGCAAGCCGUGGAGCUACUCUACGCUUUGGGAGGCCUUGAUGAGCAGUGUCAGCUGACGGAGCCCCUGGGAGUGCGCAUGGCUGAGUUCCCCAUGGGACCCAUGUACGCCAAGAUGCUGCUUGAAUCAGGAACCUUUGGCUGCUCAAAAGAGAUUAUCACCAUCGCCGCCAUGAUGCAGAUUCAGAACGUGUUCCUUUCUCCGCCCAACCAGAAGAUAAAGGCCGCUCGUCAGCAGCGUAAGUUUGCGGUGGAAGAGGGCGAUCACAUGACGAUGCUGAACGUGUUUGAGGCAUUCGUGAAGCACAACAAGAGUUCCGCCUGGUGCCAGCAACACUUCCUCAACUACAAGGGGCUGGUGCGGGCUGGAGCCCUGCAGGACCAGCUUCGAAAGCUUCUUCGCAGGUUCCACAUCCCCAGCAACUCCAGCAACGGAGACGCAGACCCUGUGCGGAGAUGCAUUGUGUCCGGUUUCUUCGCCAAUGCCGCCAAACUACACCACAGUGGAGCCUACAGGACGGUACGCGACGACUUUGAGCUCCACAUCCACCCGACCUCCGUGCUCUAUGCCGAGAAGCCACCGCAGUGGGUGGUGUUUAACGAGGUGGUGCAGACAUCUCGCUUCUUCAUGAGGGACGUGACAGCGGUGGAGCCGGCCUGGCUCACGGAACUUGCCCCGCACUUCUUCCAGCAGAGCACGGAUUAUUCUCAAGCAUCCAAGCGGUCGCGACCAUCGUAGCGGCGUCUCGCGCAGCACAGCGAGCCCGGCGGCAAUCGCGGCGAGUCCUGUGAGCUAGCGACUCGGAAGUGGCUGGGGGGUCGGUGGAUCGUGCAGAGACGGAGCCAUAGUGUGUGCGUCUUCAAGCUGGGGACACGCGCGUGCAGGGAGAUGGUUGGAUGGUAACCUGUGGGAUGUGAUUACAUCAAAUAGACGUGACACACAGUACAGUGAGCCCUCUGUUUACAUUGCUCCUAUUUUUUACGUUGUUUCGCUGUAACAUAGCCAACGAAUUAGGGACCAUAAUGGGAUUUUAAAUGAAUCGAUUCACUCCCGUUUUGAAAUGUUUUAACAAAAGAACGCAGGAGGUUGGGUGGUGUGCUAUGCCACGGUGCCCCCUAGUGGGCGCUCAUGCCUCUUCGUUUACAACAUCGCCGCCAUACUGUACACUGUGCAAAUUUUUCACCCAAAAAUUACCCCCAGGAACGUGUCCUAAAUUUAUAUCAUUAAAGUCGGUGGUAAAAUAGUUUUCGAUGUACGCUCUCCGUCAAAUGCCGUGCCUUCCAGGGAUGCAUCCCCAAUGUAAAUAGAGGGCUUGCUCUACAAUGUCAUAUAUUCACACGGACCAGUUAACGGACCGCACCCAGUGCAAGAUGUGUACGUGGAGUCACCGUUUUAUAUGCACGUUCACUUAAACAUGUCCAACUAUCUACCUAUGCCUCCCUCGCCAGUGAGUCGGACAUGCGACGCACUGCUGUACAACCAGCUUCACUGUUAUCCCCUCUUAUGAGGGGGGUUUCCUCUGGUUUGCUCCCACAUGCAUAAUACUCAAAAGGGACAGAUUACAAACACGUUCAAGAAAUCCCCCCCCCCCCAAGUUAUUUAAAGAUACAUUUAAAACAUUUUUUGUACAAAAAUUUGAAGUAUUGUGUAAAUACUGCUUGCAGUGUAUAUAUUGUAAGAAUUGUGUGCCAUGGUUUUUUUUUGCACUAAUUCAUAAAACUUAAGAUUAAGAAAAAA